CUAAGCGAGACGAGAAAGCACUGUGGACGUUUCUUCGACUCCCGACCUGACCUUCCGUCGCCAACCCUUUUCGCCCAUCUCGACAACCCCGAUACUCAGCCAUCAUGUCUAAGAGAGGUCGUGGCGGUGCCGCCGGCAACAAGCUGAAGAUGACCCUCGGUCUGCCUGUCGGCGCCGUGAUGAACUGCUGCGACAACUCCGGUGCUCGCAACCUGUACAUCAUUGCCGUCUGCGGUAUUGGUGCCCGCCUGAACCGCCUCCCCGCUGCCGGUGUCGGUGACAUGGUCAUGGCCACCGUCAAGAAGGGAAAGCCCGAGCUCCGCAAGAAGGUCAUGCCCGCCGUUGUCGUCCGCCAGAGCAAGCCCUGGCGCCGGGCUGACGGUAUCUACCUGUACUUCGAGGACAACGCUGGUGUUAUCGUCAACGCCAAGGGUGAGAUGAAGGGAUCCGCCAUCACCGGUCCUGUCGGUAAGGAGGCUGCUGAGCUUUGGCCCCGUAUUGCCUCCAACUCCGGUGUCGUCAUGUAAAGAGAGCAGUGAAAACGGAAUAAAACAACAAAAUUUCAACGAUACCAAAACCUGACUCCUUGGGACCUGGGAAUAACGGGGUGCAUUUUAUGGCAUUAUUGUGUGGAGAGAGAGAGAAUAGCCAAAAAAGGCAAGAGGAAUCUUAACGUGACGAAUUCCACCGAUGUUAUUUCGAGCCGGUUUUAUUUCCCUCCCUCCAUUCGUGUUUUUUCUUCUCUUUGAACACUGGCGACUCGAGGAAGUAUACUGAAAAAAUACUACCUUUUUCAUGACAACUUCUGGUGCUUUUGUAUGAUGCUGCUCUUGCUGUACGUUCAUGGUUAUGGGUUGAUUUAUGAAUUCUCAUGGCUUAUGGCUCGGGAUGUCAUCUUGGGUGGACGUAGUUGUAGUUCUGCUUCCACGUAGAGAGAGGGAGGCUGUACAGCGUCACGGUAGUUUACCCAAACUCGGUGCUAUCUCGAUCUACCAUGCGGAGCAUAGCUUGAGUGUUCAUACUAAG